CGGGACCGGGACCGGCGGCCGUGGCGCCAUGGCCGAGUCCCAGCUGAGCUGCCUGGACGAGGGGCACGUGAACGAGAGGGUGACCGAGGCGCAGGCCGCCUUCUACUACUGCGAGCGGAGGCGGGCCGCGCUGGAGGCGCUGCUGGGCGGCGGCGAGCGGGCCUACCGCGAGUUGGUCAAGAAGGAGAAGCUGCGGGACUUCCUCUCCAGCCAGGAGCAACAGGCCCUCCGCGCCUCCUGGAGCCCCUACGAGGAUGCCGCCGCGGCCGCCGCCGCCGCCGCUCGGGGCAAGAGCAAGGCCAAGGCCAAAGCCCCGGCGCAGGCCCCGGCCGAGCCCUGCGAGUCCCUGGCCUACUGGCCCGACCGCUCCGACACUGAGGUGCCCCCGCUGGACCUGGGCUGGACCGACACGGGCGUCUACCGCGGCGUGAGCCGCAUCACCCUCUUCACCCACCCCCCCAAAGAGGAGAGGGGGCCCCACCUCAAGCAGGUGGUCAGGCAGAUGAUCCAACAGGCCCAGAAGGUAGGCCCCACCCCCCACACCGGUGGGACCCCCACCUCGGAGGCAGGGCCUGGGGCAGGACUUCUGACCACUCUGGAAAAUGGGCCCAGGAGCCCUCCCUUAAGCCGAGCCGUUGGUGAGGUCCCUGAAGAGGAUGGAUGGGAACGUGUUUGGCAAGUCACAAGGUUCACCUGGAGCGCCUCCUACGUGGACAGGAACCUUCUCCUCCUCCUCACAGGGCAGAACGUGGAGCCCUUCGAUGUGGAGUUCCGGGAGCUGUACGCCAUCUCUGAGGAGGUGAACUUGUACCAGCUGCUGAACCUGGCCGGGGGCGCCGGGAGGCUGGGCCCCACCUACUCCUCCACCGUGGCUCGCAAGCUCAUCAACCCCAAGUACGCCCUGGUGUCGGGCAGCCGCCACCCGCCCGGGGAGAUGAUGCGCCUGGCGGCGCGGCAGCAGCGGGAGGCCGGCGGCGACCCCGAGGAGCAGGAGGAGGGCGGCAGAGGCGGCGAGACAGACCGGCGCCUGCAGAGCUUCCUGGACGACCUGGUCACGCUGGAGCAGGAGCUGCCCCCCGUGGAGCCCCUUCCCGCUGGCGAGCUGACUCGGAAGGACGGCAGGGUGGUCUCUCACCUGCGCGUGGACCUGAAGCCCAGACCCCCGGAGGCGCUUGUGCGAAACGGCAAGGGCGAAGCUGCCAACGGGGAGGCCACCGCGGCCAAGGAGGGCAGGCGCUUCAGCAAGAGGCUCUUCGGUCGCGGGGCCAAGGGUCCCGCCGCGUCCAACGGCAUGACCGGCGCCCUCUCCACCCAGACCUUCGCGGAAGUGCAGUUCGUGGCCCGGAGGAGGCCCGGAGAAGGCUCCAGUGCUGACAUCUCAGGUAAAACAAGUCCCAGUCCUGCCAAGACCAGCAAUUGUGUGAUUUCCUGAGCCAUAAGCCAGCGGUGGGUAGGACCUGUGGAUGCCCCCAGCCCUGUCCUGUGGAGAAUACAGGUCAAACCUGCACCAGUUUGCGCUUCGGACCCUCGCUCGCUCCCUGCCCGACAGCCCCCAUCCUGGCCUCAGGGACCCUCAAUCCCAGACAUGAGAGUCUGCAGCAUCUCAAGAUGACCACACACCCCACAAGACUGUUGGUGGCCGGGCAGGGGUCACUCCUUCUUGUUUACAUGAAGUGGAAGCUUGACUCACGUCUGCUCUCCUUUAUGCCAGACCCCCUCCCGGGCCCCCAGAUGGGGUGAGCCCAUGUCUUUAUGCCUAAUGUGAUGGGGUCUCCAGGGCAGCUCCAGCUCCCUGACUUCUCCUUCCCUGGGCUUCCUGGUGCUUCUGGUCCCCCAAGAGAUUUGGUGGGAUAAAAGGGAACAGGACGGAUGGGGCUCUGGGCCAGGGAGCCAGUCUUGACCUAGGCUCUGAACUCAAGAUGGAAGGUACAGUGAGGAUAGCUAGGACACCGGCUGCUGUGGCCUUCCUGGCCUGGUUCCUACAGGCUCCUGUGCUAGACCUGGAGUGAAAUGAGGGGCAGGCCUCCCUUCAGCCAGUGGCAGAAUCUGACCCUGCCAUUCUGAGAGCCCUCGUACUGAGAUCCCCUUCCCGCCCCCACCCCCAGCCCACCAUCUUAGUCACCGCCCCAGGGGUCCAGACCUCGUUGGCUGUUGCCCACUGCAAACACAUAUGGGGGUUCUUGUGCCUUUGCCUGGGGCUGCUCCCUCCCUUUAAAAAAGUGCCUUGAUGUGCAGCCCAGGGCAGGGAGAGAGAGAGCUUGGCCACGGGUGGGGGGUUCAAGUGGUAUGGGAGGUUAAGCCCUGCAGCCAAGGGCAUUUGUCUCCCCCCUCACCAAAUGGCCCUCAGCCCCCUUCACCUGCCAGCACUUCUGUGCCUUCUCUAGUUGCAUUUCAGCCAAAGACCAGCCUUUGCCUCCCGUCAAAAGUCAGGCUGCGUCUAGGAGCCUUCGCCUUCUCAAGGGGGCCUGGCCUAAUUGCCACAACACCAGGCCAGGGAGAGCAGCCUAAAGUCUCGCACUGCCCCCUCCCCAGUUGUGUGAUCAGAGGGGUCUGAGGAGAGAUUUCUUGAGUGGACAACAGAGAAACUGCCUUAUUGCAGGCUCCGCCAGCCUAGCCUGGGGGGUCACAACCGCAAGGGAGCCAACAGGCCGCGUCCCCCAGUGGAAGCACCACCAGGCAGCCUCUUCCAGCCUCAUACUUAUGAACCCAAUUUGUCUUUGUGUCUUUCCUUCUGCAAAAACCCUGGGGCACCAGCGGCACCUGGGGGAGGGCACUGGGGGCACAGAGGUGAGCUAGGAGGUAGGAUGGUGUGGUGCCGUUGCUGGGGGGACAACCUGGUCUCUGGCGGUGGGGAGGAAAGGAAGGGUGAGCCUGCUUCCCAGGGGCACCUCUCUUCAUUCUGAGGCUAGCUUCAAAGGUGGGGGUUGGGAGGGCAGGGGACCCUGACCCACCUCCUUGAGCUUCUCUGAGGAUUAAACACUUCCUGGGAAGUGCUGGCAAUGUGGCAAGUGCUUGUUCUAGAAGGGAAGAAAGGGGGAGGAGAAAGCCAGGUGAUGGAGGGUGUCCCCUCCGCUCGAGGCCAUCACCAUAUGAGACACAGGUGGGCAAAUGGCAGUGGGGGAAAGAGAUCACCCUUGGUGGGGAGAGUGGACCCCUCUGGGUACAAGGGAGGAGGCCUAGGGAAGGGACCAGCUCCUAAGGGUUCUUCCCAAAGGCUUCCUGUGCCUCCCCUCCCAGAGAAGCUGGCCGCCUGUAUCCCCUUCCCCUCUUCUGACCCAGAGCAGGCCCAGUUCCUCCCCAGCCCUGACGUGUAGGAGGAUCCAGACUGGAAGCGCCAAGUCACUGCAGCGUUGAGCCAGACCUGCCUUUCUGCCCAUUUCCCAAGGUGCCAAGAUGGGGGUUUUGCCACUUUGUUCAUAGGAGCAAGGGGGCGGGAGACCAUGACGGAGCAAUGCUGUGUAGUGGGAGGAGUGCUGGCUGCCCAGGCAGGGCACCUCCCUGCCUGCCUGUUUCCUUAUCCCCUUUAGAGGUUUGGACAGGAUGGCCCCUGGCCCCCUCCAGCCCUGAGAGGCUUGGGACAAGACAGUAGCACUUGGGACAAGAGGAUCUUGAAGCACUAAGCUCCAGCCCACUCCGUCUGCCUCUGGGCUUCUCAGUUUUUAGUACGCCUGCCCUCUGCUCCUGCGCUGGCACACGCGCUGUGAGUUUCCUCUCUCAUCAAAUCUCAAGGGUACACCUGGCAUUCUCGGAUGGAUGGCAAGUUUAGGGUGGAUGCCCUUGGUCCCCACGUGGCAGGCAGCUUCCACAGGGCUGGAAACGUCAGAAGGGCUCCCAGAGGAGCAAGGGUGAAACGGCGCUCUCGUCACCCAUCACCACCAGCAAGUUGCCCGCUCUGGGUCCGGCUUCUGUAGGCUAAGUGCCAACCACUGGCACAGCUCCUCGGGUGGGCUGACCUCCAAUGAGCAGAGGCAGCUGAGGGCUGAGACCCUGGGGCAGCUGCCACCUGGAUCUUACCCCAGAGGAGCAGGAAGUGCAGGAUUCCUGCAUGGGGCUGGAGGCCUUCCCUGGAUUUGGCAAAACUUCCCCGUCUCCUGUGUCUUCUGUCCUCAGGGUAUAUGGUUAGUCCUGUCCCUGAUCAUUCAAGGGUGCUUUCGAGAUAGCCUCUGCUAACGCCACUACCCUCUGCCUAUAGAGAACUUGAUAGAAUGGACAGGCCAAAAAAAAAAAAAAAAGGUGGCCUUUUCCCCAAGAGACAGGAAAUGGGCCUUUUUGGAUUUUACUAUGAUGAUUUUCUCUUUGGUUUAUUGAGUGCCUACUAUAUGCCGGUGACUGUGUUACGUGUUUUAGUCACGUGCAGGUUUCAAACUAAGAAAAGCUCAGGAGAGAGCCCUUUACAGUGUUAGAAAAGGCUUUCCUGGACAUUUGGGGAUUGAGUCUCACAAAGUUGUGUGAUGAGCGGCUCAGGGCUUAUUGUCCCCAUGUUUCAGAUGAGGAAGCACGCGGCUCUCCCAAGAGCUAAGCCUGCUCCUCUAGCCCAGGCUUCUCGCCUUCAACGCUGGUGGGGACAUCUGGGAGCCACAGAGUCUCUGCUGGGGGAGACGCUGUCCUGAACAUCAUAGGGUGCUUAGCAGCACCCGGCUUCUACCUACUAAAAGCCAGCAACACCUCUCCCAGUGAGACAACCACAAAUGUCUCCGGAUGCUGCCAAACGUCCCUGGGGGGUGAAGUCACGCCGGCUGAGAAAGACAGUGCGUUGCAGCCUUUGAGCUUCCGGCUGCUUCCCUGAGGCGCUUUCCUGUGCAGCCCCCGUGCAGCCGGGCUCUCCCACAGAACGCUGUGGUCCAGAGCCGGUGGCUGAUUUGCCAACGAUUUUGCUUUCUGUGACUGACAUAAUAGCAUCUUCCUUCUUGUUCUAGUUACCUUGCUUAGCUCUUCACUGCCUUGUACCUCCCGGAACAGGUGUGUUUAUGUGCACACAUCUGCCUUACUCCACAGAGCGCCCUGUUACAGUUCCUCCCAGUCUGUUCGCCUUCCUUUACUUUGAGUUGAGCCCUGCAUGGAAAGCACCUUGGACAGACCUGUGUGUGCCCGACAGGGUCCUCACCCCCAAAAGGCAGCCAGGGCUGACAGCAGAGAAACUUCCCCGCUCCUCAAGCCAGGCCAGGUGAGAACCGCUCGCUGGAGUGUCACGAGUCAAUGUUGGCAAAGCCCCCUUAGCGGCAGGUGAGCCGCACCCUGCACUGCAGCUGUAGUCUGCCAGCGGGCUGUGUGCCACGGUCGUCUCCCUCUAUCCCCCGCCUGGAGGGCCAGGCAGCUGUCACUGUAAUCGUCUGCCCUGCUGCUCCAGUGGCAGGAGGCCUGGUGCACAAUAGGCACCCCAGGCUUGGCAGGCUGAGCCAGACCAAGGUUGAGAGGAUGGGUGCCUUCGAGAAGGCUGGAAGGUGGCAGGUGCACAUGGGACUGUGUUCUUAGGCUGAGUAAUUGCUAGAUCAGCCGGAGGCUGAGAGGUACCCAUUCUGUCCUUGGGGUACCCAUUCCGUCCAUCAUGUGUCUGGGUCACUAUUGUAUCUACAGUGUCUACUUAAUGCCUGUUUGUUAAAUGAUUGAAAACUUGACAGCCACUUGAUACAGACGGUAAGCCAGGCUAAUCAGCGUGGGUGGUGUCAGAGGCUCCAGAAUUGAUCGCGACCCUUUCAAUCUUGUUCCCGACUUCUGAGCCCGUACGUGGAGGCCAGACAGGACUCCGCUCUCUACUACUUAAUUUCCUAAGAACUGAGUUAUCAAAAGUCCUUCCUGACCAUCCUUUCCUCAGGGGAGACUUCUCUUUUCAGCGUGUGUCCUUAGUGAACAGUCUCCCUCUCCCAGUUGCUUUGGACUGGGUGGGCCCAGGCCUCCAGGCCUCUCUGGCUGCUCAGGGAUGAUUUGGUGUGCUUCCUUUCAAAUUGCUAACACAAAAAUGGGACGAGGAGGUGAGGGCCUUGAUGUGAGGAAAUGUCUCCAGUCACCCAACAAGUCACAGGAAGGGUUAGAAUCUAGUUAUCUGGACCCAUCUGGAGCACUACCCGUGGCCUCUCCAAGUGACAGCCUGUUGGAGACCAGUUUUCAUCCAGUAAAGUAGCUAGAAGUUAGGCAUUGGCUGCAGCCACGAAAAAACAGCUCCAGAAACAGAAGUCCGCGUCAUAGGAGACCGGCUAGGACCUGUCACAGAAGCAGCAAGAGCAUGAGCGGUGUGGAGGAGAGAAGGAGGAAAAAGCAAGAGCAGGCGGUAUGCCCGCUGUGGCCACGGUCCUCUGGGCACAAGCAAGGGAGAAGCACAUGCCAUCCUAUGCUAAGAACCGAGAACCAUGCCUGGUGAUUCUGCUUUCCUGAGUGCAGCUUGGACUCUCUGGCUCACCUCUUUCUGGAAGGUCUUGGAAGUUGGCUGAUUGGACCAGGAAAGGCACUUCACAGCAGGCUUUGGAAGGCUUUGUUCACUUGUUCCUUCGAUGCAUAAUCACUGUGAGCUAGGCCUGAGGCUGAGUGGUGAGCAAGGAAGGCCCUGGGUGGAGCUGGGGUCUGUAGGGUGGUGCUGGGGCAUGCCAGGUCCUUAGCCGAGCCGUUCGGUGGCCAGGCUAGUCCUCAGGAUGGGUAGUGUGGGGCUGGAUUCCCCUCUCAGCCACAUACCAGCUAAGUGACCCAGCAAGCUGCCUCACACCUGGAACUUAGGUUUCCUUUUUUGUAAAAUGGGGAUAAUCGUGGUGCCACUUUCCAGAGGCUGUGGGGAGUAAAGCACUCAGCACAGUGGCUAACGUUUGGGGAAGCUUAGUUACCAGCCAAUGUUUCCUUGGUGUGUUAGAGCAAGGGCUUCACCAUUUCCCUCUUGGGACAUUCUCUCCCUGCUCCUUCCCUCUGUGUUUGCCACUUUCACAGUGAGUGGGCACACGGGGCUAAAUGCCCAUCCAUGUGGAAGAAGUUCCAAAGCCCAGGUUUUGAAAGAAAGGUACAGAAAACCUGCCAGGGAUUCCAUUUGUGGGCCACUUUGCCUGGCAGGACCCCAUGUUCCCCAGUGCACACCCCACCUCACCUCAGCUCUGCGGUCUGGUUGGUUCCAGGCAUGGAAGAGGGCCACAGUCUUAUCUGGUUGUGAAAAAGUCCCGCAACUUUUCUUCAUGGAUAGUUUAGAGUAAAAUAGACAAUUUUUGUUUGUUUGGAAAACUCUUCAUAUAUAAAAUACAAAGUAAACCAAAACCAAAAAACCAGCAUAUCCAGAAAAGCCUGCCUACCUGCCCCAAGCCACUGGCCUUCCCAAGCCAGUCCUGUACCCUUUGAGUGGGCUCCAGACUCUCUCCCUAACUUCUAGCUUUGUUUUGUUUUUUUUUUUAAGA